CUUCCUUCCUACUCUCUGCUUGCUAGCUUAGCUUCAGCUGUUGUUGGCACUUGGCUGUCCAAGUGGUGCAGUUGUGAUUCUCCAGCUAUCCCUUACCGAAAUCGGGUCGUAUUUAGGAGCUUUUACAAUAGUCAUAGUAACAAAAGCUUCGACAUAUAGACCAGGUACUUAUAUCAGAAAGGCUUUCGAACCUCUGGGACAUGGCCAGACAAGAGCAAGUCCUCCAGCUUGAGCCACCACACGAACUGAAAUUUAGAGGUCCAUUUACAGAUGUCGUCACAGCCACCCUGAAGCUUGGCAACCCAACAGAUAGAAAUGUGUGUUUUAAAGUGAAGACGACAGCGCCUCGUCGAUACUGUGUCCGUCCAAACAGUGGCAUCAUUGACGCAGGCACCUCCAUCAAUGUAUCUGUUAUGCUACAGCCUUUCGACUAUGAUCCCAAUGAAAAGAGCAAACACAAAUUCAUGGUGCAGUCCAUGCUUGCUCCAUACGACAUGACUGACAUGGAAGGGGUGUGGAAAGAGGCAAAGCCAGAGGAGCUGAUGGACUCCAAGUUGAGAUGUGCAUUUGAGCUGCCGCUAGAGAAUGACAAAACUCAUGACAGUGAAAGCAACAAAUAUGUGUCCACUACCCCCAUAAAGUCAGAGCUCUCCUCACUCCCUAAGUCGGCCAGCUCCUCCCUGGAUGACGGCGAGGUGAAGAAGAUCAUGGAGGAGUGCAAGAGGCUGCAGAUGGAGGUCCAGAGGCUACGGGAAGAGAACAAACAGAUCAGGGAGGAUGAUGGUCUGCGGAAGAGGAAGGUCACGUCUAUGGCAUCCUCCCCCCACUCCUCUUCCUCACAGGCCAUGAUAAGGGAAGAGGGCCUGAGUACCCGCGUGCUGGCGCUCUGCGUGCUGUUCUUUGUCAUUGGAGUCAUCAUCGGGAAAUUGGCCCUGUAGAGAUAGCCAGCGGCAGCAUGCUCGAAGGACCGAAAAAAACCAACAACAAUGGGAUGUGUACUUUUUUUUGCAAAAUGCAAUAUCACAUGGGUUUAUUUGAGUUGUGAAAUUAUUUAACAUAAAAAAGCGAAGAAGGUAAUCUAGUGAAAUAAUGAAAAGAACCGGUCACGAGUCGUCUUGCCUUUUAAUCACUCUGUAUUUUCCAUCCCUACUUGCACAGAUACAAUACAAAUCAUUGUGUGGGGAUUGGGGAAAUUGCAGCGUUGUGUUCUAUAAGUAUCAAUGAUAGCAAUGUGUUCCAGUAAGGCCAAGGCUUUUCCUACAGCAGAACUAAUGUGACUGAGUUCUAUGACGUUGUGUGAAUGUUUUAAUCAUUGCUUUUUUAAGGUAAGGAGACCGUACAUUGUGUGUGAGUCGAGAGGCUGCCAGUGAAUUUUAGCAUGAAGGGGGGUAAUUAUGUAAAUCCUGUCAUCCAACUGAUUCCUGUAUGAAACAUAACAUGGAUUU